AUGCGUCUUCCCUACGUUUCAGACCCCCCACAAACAACAACGGAAGACGAAGCUAGAAUCCUAGCCGCUGUCCAAGCCCGCCGAGCUCCCAACCCCCUCCUUCCUCUCGACCUCGCCCUCCUACACUCCUUCCCCGUGACAGAAGGUUGGAACUCAUUUAUUGGUGCCAUUCGCACCCGGACAAGUCUAUCUACCGUGAUCCGGGAACUAGCAAUCUGUCGCGUAGCCGUUAUCAACGGUGCCCUUUUCGAAUGGGAGCAGCAUGCGCCUUUACUAAGGGAAGGUGGAUUAAGUGAGGAUGCACUGGUUUUGGUGGGAGAUAAGGAGGUUGAUUUCUCGGAUGAAAGUUCUUUGCGUUUACUGAGCGCGGGACAGAGGGCUGUACUGAAGUAUUCAGAUGCCAUGACGAAGACGGUUACGGUACCAGAUGAGGUAUUUGCCGAAGUAAAGGGUUGCUUUAAUGACCAGGAGGCUGUGGAACUUACAGCGACGGUGGCGGCUUAUAAUUGUGUCAGUCGGUUUUUGGUUGCAUUAGAUGUUGGGGAGAAGAAUCAUUAG